UUGUACAUGCGUCUGUAUUACAUCGGAUUAAUAUAAUAUGGGCGGUUUACAAUGUUAAAAAUCUGAGCAUUUAUAUACGUACGCUGCAAGUAGAUCGCGUAGUAAUUUGGAUUUAGCAGCUAAACUUAAUGACUUUAUUAUUGGGUAUCUUAAUUAUCAAAUAAAAUUCGGUAUCCUUCAUAAGAACCAUCGUGUUUAACAGUUAUUCAUCCUUUUUUGGUAUAUAAAAACCACUGUAUUAAUUGUGGUAAAUCUUAUUCGGGAGUAAGAGUACAUCUUCAAUCAUUAAGAAGAAAUGGCAGCGGUUGAACAAGCUCAACAUGGAGCCCGACAGAGAACAUUCAACCAGCCGCCCGUGCCUCCCGUUCAACAGACACCAGCUAGGGCAGCCGGUAACAGGCGAACGAGCUCAGAGUACUCCGACCACGUUAACUGCUCAAUUUGCAUGAAUCAAAUCUCAAGGGCUGUAAUCAGUACAUGUGGACAUCGCUUCUGCAAAGGUUGUAUAGAAGGCUGGCUAGAUAGGAGAAAACACUCUUGCCCGGUCUGUAGAGGAGGUCUGAGCACUUCAAGACUUAUUGCUGACCCAGCAUUUGAUGACGUUAUAGCAAUCCUAGAACGACUGUCCACGCAAAUACAAGUACAGCAAAUUGAUGCCAGUAUGCAACCCAGCAUGCAUUCCAGUCAGGAAGCAGAACGUAUUAUAAGCGAGCUCUCACAAGUACGACAGGACGCGAAUGUAACGUUGGGCAGUUUCCAACAAAAAGUCUCAGAGUUGGGUGUGUAUGUCGGAGACUAUACGAGAAACCACGAGGAACUUCAGCGUCUCAGGGUCACCGUUCCCGAACAAGAGAGAAAAAUACAGGAGCUGGAACAAACCAGGGACAGGCUUGUCGCUGAAGGUGACACGGCAAGAACAGAGAUCGGGCGCCUCCAUGGAGAGGUCCAAAGGUUGCAUAAGUUCGAGGCUUUGUACAAGGAGAAGGAAAUUGAAGCAGUCAAACUCAAAAAGGAACUUAAAACACUCGCAGAUAAAUGUGUGAAGCAACAAACGGACUUGAACACGUUCAGGAAAGCUUGUGAAGAUAGACAGAAGUCACUUAAAGAAAAAGUGGAGGAAAUUGACAAUUACAAAGUACAACUUGGCCAGAAGUUGAACGAGCUCGGCGAGUGUCGGACGAACCUCGAAAACUACGUAGCACAGUGCGAGUUGCAGGCGAACGUCAUCCAGAAACUGAAUGACGACAUCAUCCCAGAGAAAGAUACCGUUAUAAGCAUUCUGAGAAAAGCCAAAAGCAACCUGGAAGCGGAGCUUCAGUGUUUUACGAAAGGGGUUACUUUGCUGAGCGACCUGAAGACACUUCCAGGAUCAAAGCUUCAUAUUGCCAUUGCCGAUCUCAAACGUUUUUACGAACAAGAGUACCGAAGACAGCCGGUGGUCUUGGCGCAUACAAAGAUGAUUCUACAGCAAAAGAUACAACAGGUGGUUGCAGAUGAGUCCUUCUUGGAACUUGGAGAAAACAUAGCGAACGCUUUGAACGCUUAUCUUGCAACGGUUGAAGAAAGUUCCAGUCUACAUGCCGACGUCAAACGACAGGCCAUAGAAAUUCAACGACUGAAAAAACAAUUACAACAUUUAAAAGAUGCUAGUAUUUUGCAGCCUGAAGAAUAAAAGACGGAGAUGGAAUGAUGUGUAAAGCGUUAAAGAAAUCAAGAUGUCAACUUAAAUUAACAGUUUUGUACAGUCUAGACGUGUAUAUACAUGUUCUUAUCAAAACUAAGUUUAUUGAAAUAUGUUUUUGUUUUCUAAUAGUUUCGACUUCAAGUUAUCGAAGUAUACGUAUAUAUGUGACUUUGAAAAUCAUGCUGAUAUAUAUGAUAUAGUUAAGCAUGUGUCAAAAUCUGUGAUAAAUUCUCCACUUACCCAUGGCUUAAGUUUAAACAUAGUUUAAACAUUAUAUAUUUUACAACGAUUGUGAAGAAAGCUAUGAAAGCUUAAACUAAGUCACUCUCGUUGGCACGAUGUUGCGCGAGAGUGUGGCCAUGUGUUGUUGGAAAAACAGGAGUACCCGGAGAAAACCCACUUGUCCGGCUUGGUGACCACUAACCAAACUCACAUUCGCCCAGGCCGGGAAUUGAACCCAGGUCGCAUUGGUGAGAAGCGAGUGCGGUAACCGGACAACCAAAGAGCUACCAAUGGCUUAAAACUCGGAAACCAAAGAUGUAGCUCCACGAAGAUUUCAUUUCCAGCUCCGCAAAUUGGCAAACGAUUAUAACAAAUAGUUUAAAUGCUUAAAAUCUAUGAAAUAAUCAAAUGCUUAGUAAAAGACUUUGUAAUAAAAAGUGCAUAUAUUUAAUUAUGUGAUCUAUUUCUACACAAAACUUGAUAAAAAAAGGUGAAAAUGGGGAUUUUUUUUUCACUUUUUGCCGUAUUUUAUGAGUUUAAUGAAAAAAAUGAAUGUGGUCAAAUAUCUUUCCAUAAAAAAGGAAGGCUGCGGCAAUCCGAAAAUCGAAAAAAAAUCAAAAGUUUUUAAAUUCAUGAAAAAUCGCAAAAAAAGCCCCUUUUUAUCCAAUUGGUUUCAAUGUUUUUCUUUUUUGUUCUAUAAAUAACUAUUAAUAUAAACCACAUUAUUCAAGCAACUUUAAGAACUUGAGUUUAUUUUUCGGUUAAGUCCUUAAAAACAGAUGUGGUAACAAGACUAGACUUGUUUUAUAAAUUAUUGAAACAUCUUAUAUAUUAAUGACUCGCGCUUGCUUGUGUUUGGUUGAUUCGCUGCCCAAUAAAUGGAAAAACCACACCUCUGUACAUAUCUGCUUCCGAAUUUGCUACAAGUAAUUUUAAACCCGAUUGGUUAACUAAGCUUCAAAACAUGUUAAAUGUAAUUUUAUUUCACCAUAAUGAUAGCAUGAUUAUGAACUAAUUGCUUUAUUUUUUUGUAGAUAGUGUUUUUCAUAUGUUUGUAUAUAUUGUAUAUGAUUGGUUUCAAAAUGUUAACAUUUAAAUCAAACUAGGCUGGAAAUAAAAUGUAUUUCCAUUUUUGUUUUAAAUAUUGGAAACAAGAAAUCUGCGGACCAGUCUCUUUAAAAUGAUUAGUAUUAUAUUUUCUCCACUCACCGUCUUUCUCCUUUGGUAUAUCUGUGCGGUUGUUAUGGGUAUGAGUUGUUGAUUUUGUAGUUGUUGUUUUUUAUAGAUUUCUAUUUUCUGAACCUUUUUAAUAAAAAGCUUG